CCUCCACGCCGUCCGUCGCCGUGCCGGACUGUGUGUGUGUGUGUGUGCCAGCCAGCCAGUGUGCGCCAGUGCUUCCACGACGGGGCGCUCACUAACCGAUUUCUGAAGCCCCUUGGCCUCGACCUCCUCUUUUCCCCCAACAUCAGUCCUGACCCUCGCCCAAACCUGCCCCUGAUCUCGCUCGAGAUCCCGACAGAAAGAGCGGUGUCCAGGUCCAUUCCGAUACAAUACUAUCAAACUCCUCGACCCGCGAGAAAAGCCUGGUCCCCCCGUUCAGAAUGUCCUUCGACUUCAGCACCGCCGCCGGAGGAGAGGUCGUCUUGUUAGAACAGCUCGCCUACGACCCUCGCGACAACUACCAGCAGUACACGACCUCCGCGGCCGCCUCCUCCGCCCUCACGACCGCGUCGCCCAUCACAAUGUCGCCCGUGUCACAGUCAAAUCGCCAGAGCCCUGGCGUCUCAUGGCAGGUCUCGUUUGACAUGACAGCCCCGGUGGCCGCCGUCGCCGGCACCCACUCGCCCACCUCACAGAGCCACUCGGUCUCGUCGCCCGAGGACUCGCCACAGGCGCCCUCGCCGGGCCACCACAGCUCCGCCGCCUCAAGUCCGCUGCAGCACCAGCUCUCGCCGUACCAGACCGCCGCCCACCCGCUCCUGACUGACUGGGCCCUCCAGCAGCAACAGCAGCAGCAACAAGUCCAGUCGCAGCAGACCCAGGUUCCCCAGGACCUGCAGCUGUACCAGGACAACACGGCGGCCGCCAUGAUGAGCUUCAACCCGUUCGUGCAGACCAACUUCCCUCAUGCGAUCGAGUACCUGCCCGCCACCACCACGGCGACCCUCGACACGGCCAUCCAGCUGGAGCCGACGUUCAACAGCAUAUCGCCCGUCGACGAUAGCGCCCAGCAGCAGGCCAUGCAGUGGAGUCUGGGCAUGGCCAACUGGCAGGACUUUGGCGCGACUGCCUUGACAUACGCGCAGGCCGACGGCCUGCCCCGCGUGGGCAGCCUGGGCAGCCACUCGCCCACGAACUCGUACCUCGAGGUUCUCUCGCUUGGGUCGGGCAGCGACAAUGGCUGGGCCACCGUGGACUUCCCAGCCUACGAGACCGCCGCGGCUUUCCAGCAGCAGGUGCAGAGCACGGCCAUCUUCAACCCCGGCCAGACCCUGCACUUGAGGACCAACUCGGAUUCGUCCAACUCGGAUGGCGGCAACUCUCUCGAUUUUGGAAACAGCUCGCUCGAGUUUGGUAGCUACGAGGAGGUCAACUUCCCGUACUCACCCUUUUCGCCCGAGUCGGACACUCUGGACACGACGGCUGCCCAUCGCGGCUGCUUCCAUGGCGAUGGCCACCAGCACCAGCACCAGCACCAGCACCAGCACCAUCACCACCACCAAACUGCGCCUACCGAGAUCAUCAGCCCCGCGGCCGCCGUGGGCCCCAUGCCCAUCAAGGCUGCCGCGCCGGCAAGUAGGCCCGCCCAGGCCAGCGGCUCCGGUGCCGGUGCCAGCUCCUCGUCGGCCUCGCCUCCUGCGCGCCGCACCUCGGGCCCUCGCAAGAGCCCCAUCGCCAAGCCGACCAAGUCCGUCAUUCGCCGGACCUCGACCGGCAAGGAGGUCGCCACGGGUGAGAAGAAGGUUGGCCGCCGUAAGGGUCCCCUCCGUCCCGACCAGAGGAAGCAGGCCAGCGAGAUCAGGAAGCUCCGCGCCUGCCUCCGCUGCAAGUUCCUCAAGAAGACUUGCGACAAGGGCGAGCCGUGCGCUGGCUGCAAGCCCUCGCACGCCCGCCUUUGGCAGGUGCCGUGCACGCGCAUCGACAUCAAGGACGUCAACUACUUCAUGAAGGACUGGAAGGCCGACUACGAGCGCCACCUCGACCGUGGCGUCUCGGUCUACAACGUCAAGGGCUUCUCGCAGAAGGAGACGCUCAUGUGGAUCACUCACGGCUACGGCUACUGCCUGCCCGUCAUGGUCCGCGAGGUCUUCGUGGCCGACGACAGCUGCUUCCAUGUCGACUGGGUCGAGUCUCACCUGACUGACCAGGAGCCCAUCGACUUCGAGAUCCGCACCGAGCGCCUCGACGUCGGCCAGGAGGGCAUCCGCAUCGACGCGCUCGACGAGUACCUCGACAAGCACAUCGACCAGUCGUGGGAGAGCUUUGUUGACGACCACUUUGACGGCACUCCCUUUAUCAGCGAGAUCCUCAAAACCGCUCACCGCUUUUACGUCAAGGAGAAGUCGCCCGUGAUCCGCAAGGCCCUCAAGCUGGUGCUGGCCUACAACCUGACGCUGCACAUCACCCUCGUCGAGCAGCAGGGCUCCGAGAACAUGGCCGAGGGCCAGAUCGACGACGAGGACUCCAAGUACUUUGGCAAGGUCGUCGCUCCCGUCAUGAUCAACUUCCAGAUCAAGUGUGCCAUGGCCGACAUGUGGCGUGAGCUUCAGAAGGACAUCCUCGAGGAGCUCUCGGCGCUGUACUCGAGCGUCUACAGCGGCGACCGCCUCAAGAACUGGCCCACCAUCUUCAUGCUGGCCGCCAUCCUCCUGUGCGUCUGGGAGGAGAUGCAGUUCGACUGCCACUACCGCAUCCCCGACCCCAUCGCCGUCGACAAGUUCUGCAACGACAUGGAGUCGAUGCCCGUCGGUGUCAUUGUUGGUCUCUUCCACGCCAUCUCGCAGAAGCUCCCUGCCUUUACCGACUGGGACACGCGCCGUCACGGCCAGCUCCUGAACAACAACCCGGCCGUCUGCGAGGCCAUGACCGAAGUGCGCCAACACGUUAUCAAGCACGAGGCCUACCUGCGGACCCGCCAGGACGCCAAGUUUGACCGCUACGACUUUGACUCGCUAUCCAACAAGUUCCUGUCAAAGCUGGUCAUCCGCGCCAACUAAGACUCAUCUCCCAACCCCGACGACUUCGCUAAUGCGGGAAACGCCAAUGCGGACGUCUGCGGUUUGGCCUUGAUCGGCCCGAUAUCAGUGUUGUCUUCGAUUCUUCAAGGCAAGGACCUGCUUCAUGAGCAAGUCUCUCUUUUUUUUUAUGAACACUUGUUUCCUUUGUCGACCUUUCCUUUGUCACAUGUCUUGGUCCAUUCAGCGACGGCGUUCCUCCCUCCACUUCGACCUCGAUAUCUUUUAACUGCCCACGAUUUCGACGCACUCACUCACGGCUGGUCCCCGGAACCAAACGAAGCAUCGCGACGACACGCUAAAAAAAAACGAUACUUAUGACGGCCUCGCGCCCGGAGCACUUCACGACCUCACUCUUUGCUUUAUCGUCCACAAGUUUGAUGAUCCUAUUUCUCAUAUGAAUUGUAUGACUGGGUUUGGAUAUCUGCUCUUCUUUUCCUCACUGCGUUUUUUUCCAUCUAGUUUGAUCAUGUUUCCGUUUUGCUUUCUUUUUCCUUUGUCGCUCGCUUUGCCCCUAGGGCGCAACCUACCUGAUGACACCGGUGCCGCAAGAGGACACGGACUUCCGGGAUGACGGUUUAGUAUGGUUUAUUUUUGCCCCUUUGCCUACGUUUUUUCGUAUUCACGAGACACUGCAAGUUAAGCGGAAUAAGGACAGAAAGCAUAUAGAUAUAUGCGAGCAUUGGAUCUGGCGUUUUGAUGAUGACCCUGACGAUACGGUCUUGUCAUGACAAAGCACGAGAGGAUACUGCGGUGUUUUACUGUUUCCUGUGUACUGCCCCUCCAGACGGCAGCAGGUUACCUUGGCGGUCUUUUUUAUUUCUUUGGUUGCAUCUUGGAUAUUAAAAAGGACGGGCGUCUCUCUGAUCACUCGGAGGAGCCAGAUCCGGCCGCCCAUUUUCUUGAGCACUAGAGAGACAAGACAAAAGAAAAGAUCGUUGCCUAGCACAAAUCCAAGGUUGAUUUUUUUUUUUUUCGCUUCCUCCUUUUUGAGCUGAUGUCAAA